UCAGUGGAGGCGACCACCGUCACCUAGCAACCAGCUACAACAAACUACAAAGAGCACAGCGCCGACAUUAACGUCAGCGUUAGCCAACGAGCUAACCAGCUUUAUUUACACUACCAAACUAUUUUCUUUUUGGGCGAAAAAAUGGUGAAAGAGACGAUACAAAUAUUCGCUCGUAUUAAACCCACUAAGAAAACUGCGGCGGUGUACUCUGUGGACAAUGAGGAGCAGACAGGUGCUUCGGUGGAGUUUGUAUUGCCCAGGGACCUGGCUGAUGGCUUUGUUAACAACAAGAGGGAGUGCUACAAGUUCAGGUUCCAGAAGGUAUUUGAUCAAUCAGUCAAGCAAGAAGAAAUAUUUGAAAACAUUGCCAAACCAGUUGCAGACAGUGUAUUGGCUGGCUAUAAUGGCACCAUAUUUGCCUAUGGCCAGACAGGCAGUGGAAAAACCUUUACCAUCACAGGAGGGGCUGAGCGCUACAGUGAUCGUGGCAUCAUUCCCCGCGCGCUCUCAUACCUGUUCCAACAAUUCAGCCAGGACAGCAGUGUGGUUUAUACCACACACAUCUCCUACCUGGAGAUCUAUAAUGAGAUGGGAUAUGACCUUCUGGAUUCCCGACAUGAAGCGUCUCGACUGGAAGAUCUACCAAAAGUAAUGAUCAUGGAGGAUCCAGACCAGAACAUCCAUCUCAGGAACCUUUCACUGCAGCAGUCAGCAAAUGAGGAAGAGGCUCUGAAUCUGCUCUUUCUGGGUGACACCAAUCGUAUGAUUGCAGAAACUCCAAUGAACCAGGCAUCCACACGCUCCCACUGUAUCUUCACUGUGCACCUAUGCAGGCGUGAACCGGGCUCAGCCACCCUGCGGCGCUCCAAGCUCCACCUUGUGGACCUGGCUGGAUCAGAUAGAGUUAGCAAGACUGGACUGAAUGGGAAGCUGCUCACUGAGGCCAAGUACAUCAACCGCUCCCUCCACUACUUGGAGCAGGUGAUUAUAGCUUUGUCAGAGAAGAACCGCUCCCAUAUUCCGUACAGGAACUCCAUGCUGACCUCCGUGCUGAGGGAUAGCCUUGGGGGCAAUUGUAUGACUACAAUGAUUGCCACUAUGGCAGUUGACAAGAGGAACCUUGAUGAGUCCAUCUCUACAUGCCGCUUUGCUCAGCGCGUGGCUCUUAUCAAGAAUGAGGCAAUAUUGAAUGAAGAACUGGAUCCUGCCCUGUUAAUAGCACGUUUGAAGAGGGAGAUCCAAUCACUGAAGGAAGAACUGGCCAUGAUGACAGGAGAACAGAGGGAUGACCAGCUCACUGUGGAGGAGAUCCACACGUUGGAAGAGUUAGUCAAGGCCUUUCUGCAUGACCCUGAUCCAGACGUGACACUGUCAUUGGGACCAGACAUGAGAAAAAUCCAUUACUGUUUCUCCCUGCUGAAGAUUAUGAUUAUGGACAAGCAAGAACAAAGAGGUAAUCGAUCCCAUGGUGGUCAACAGUCCCCGGCAGCAACGGUGAGUGAAGAAAUAAUUCAAGACAGCCACCACAGUGCAACAGAGGUGACCAAAUUAAAGAAGAUGCUGACCCAACGUGAUGAUGAGAUCAGUAUUUUAGUUAAGAUGUUGAAGAGGGAGAAAAAAAGGGCCCAAGAUGCAGCUGCUCAGCUUGCUAACAUCACCAAUGGCCAGAGCCUGGCCUCUCAGAGUGCCUUGAAGUCCUCCACACCACCACUUUUGAAGGAUGGAAGCACUGAUGCCAUCUGUACAGCCAAUGGGGGACAACCUAUGCAGUACAUGAAAAGAGCUCCUCAGCUAUCUGUGGCUAAACAAGAGGCCUUUGACACUUUUAUCAAAGAGCAUGAGGACCAUUUGACCAUUGAAGACAACAAGAAAAUACUCAAACAGAGGGCAGCCGAAGCCAGAAGACUUGGGGAGCAACUGAUGGAGGCCAGAGAAAGAAUCAAUGAGUUGAAGAAGCAGUUAGCACUGCAGAGAAGGCAGAGGGCAGCUCAUGGUGUGAUGGGGAAUCACACAGGGGCUGAAGAGGAGGUAAACCCAGUAGAAGAAAACCUGUGCAAACACAUUGAUCAAGAAAAAAAGCUUUACAAGAGCACCAUUGGCCGUCUGAAAGCGUUAAGGACUGAGAUUGAGCACCUGCAGCUGUUGUUGGAAAGGACAAAGGUCAAACUCCAGAAGGACUUUGAGAAGUGGUGGAGUCAGGAGACUUCCAGUGUGCAGGAAUCUGAGUCAGAGUCCACAGCCAGAUGUCAUGCAGGAUCACAAAGUGGAACCUUGCAGCCAUCUUCACCUGGCACUCCAGGAUUUCGAGCACCUAGUCUGAGCAGUACUGUGAAAGACCCAGAGUCAAAUCCAAAAUGCUCCACCGCUCCUGUUCAUGAUCUCAGAAGCUACAUCCCCAAAAGUGUACCUCCACUGACAGCUGUCCCUGCAUGGCAUGAUGAGUCUGUGGAUGGGAGCCCUUCAUCUGAGUGGAGAGCCCUGUCUACCACCAAACUCUCGUCCUCCUCUAUUCCCCUGACUGGAGAUCAGCAGGCUGAUGCUGAUAUCCUGGCCUUUAUCAGAGCCAGGCAAAAGCUCCUCAACAGAACAGGCCCUCCUCAAUAAUAACACAAAGUUCUGUUGAUACAUCCAAGGCCCGAAGACAUCAUCGGCUUGUGCAACCUCCACAUGUGUCAGGUGAUAGAAUGAUCCAAAAAAACCUGUAUUAGACAGACUUUGCAUAGAUGGACUGAUAAAAACAAAAAGGUGUGUGAAGACAGUUAUCUCAACUGGGUCCCAAACAUAGCUGUUUUGUCUUUAAAAAAAGACCCAAGCCACACAUCCUAUCUGAGCUUUAUAUGCAUACACAUACUUGUUGACCUCCUGGAGAUGAUGCCAAUGAUAUAAUGGCCAGCAGUAUAAAUCACAGCCCACGCCAGCUAUUUGAUCUGAACAAAUGUUGUCUCAAGAUAUCAGAGGAAAGAGCGGACAAUAGAAAGCCAGUUGGCUCCAGUAUGUGUUUGACUAUAUGGUCACAGGAAAUGUUGACAUGCAUAAUGACAAAUGCAUUUCAUAUUUCUGCCUGGCUUCAUUUUAUUUUAUUAAGUGUAACAAAUUUUGUGUAAGAUGUCAUAAACAAAAGUCACUAAUUUACUUGAUUAUAUCAAACCUUCUGAAAAAAGUGUUGUUUUUUGAAUCUGUACAAAAAUAGUGACUCAAAAAUAAAACUAAACAAUGACAAAAUGUCCAUUUUGUGAACA